ACACACACACACACACACACACACACACACACACACACACACACACACACACACACACACACACACACACACCCAGAGACAGGGAGUGGUCGACUGGAGCCUGGACUCACAGUUUUGGACUGAUUUGACUUCAUCUCCAUAUUCACUCUCCAGAGGAACAGCCAAAUUCCUCCAUGUGUCUGUUGAGGGGCUGCAGGCAUGGCGGUAGCGGUGUGCCGGGACCUGACGGUGACGGUGUUGGAGGACGUGAACGCUGCCAAGCUGACGGAGCGACAGCAGGCUCUGCGCGCUGCCAUCCAGAGGGGAGAGCCAAAGUGUCUGGGGGUGAGUCAGGUGAUGUUGGGGCUGAUGGUCGUGUCCUACUCCAUCCCCCUACUCUUCACUGAGGUGACGGAGGUGGUGCUGCUGGGUGUCCCCUGGUGGAGCGGCCUGACGUUCAUCACAGCAGGAGUGGUCACUAUCGUCCUGGACAAACACUGCACCAUGAAGAUCCUGCGUGUGUGUUUGGUGGUGACCAUGGUGUCCACGUUGCUGUCCGUGGUGGCUUUAAUCAUCUACUCUGUGGACAUGGGCAAGAAUCCUGCAGUGCCCUGCGUCAGGAAUCCGGAUGGCUUCUGCAGUGAGCACCACGCCACAAGGCUGAGCAGAGGAGUGAAGGCGUCCCUCCUCGUCUUCACCCUGGCCCAGACGGCCAUCUCUGCCGUCCUCUGCUUCCUGCUCUUCAGGCAGAGACACGGCUUCGGACCGUACGCUUCCCUCAGCCCUGGUGAACCAGAGACCCCCACAGCACUCAUCCCCCCCGAGCUGAACUGAUCAGCCAAUGGCCCCCCCUUCUGUUCCAGAGAUGACUGAUCACCUGUGUGUGCUUCCCCUUUGUCUAUCUGCUCGUACGUAUGACUUCUCCACAGAGCUGCCUGAUAUCUCAGCAGGAGACGUGUCAGUUGUCAGUGUUGUUAUGCAUGUCUGUCAAGAGCUGAAUAUUUCAUUACACAUCAGCCAAAUGAUUCAAUACUUCAAUAUAGUGGGCUGCAUUAAAAGAAAAC